CAGCGAGCCGGGCGCGCGUGGAGAGGCCCGGGUUCCUCCCCUACGCAGUCCCCGGCCCGCGCGUCCCGGGACCGCGCCACCAUGAAGGAGACACCGCUUUCAAACUGCGAGCGCCGCUUCCUCCUCCGCGCCAUCGAGGAGAAGAAGCGCCUGGAUGGCAGGCAAACCUAUGAUUACAGGAGCAUCAAGAUUUCGUUUGGAACAGACUACGGGUGCUGUAUGGUGGAACUUGGGAAAACGAGAGUUCUUGGACAGGUUUCCUGUGAACUCGUUUCUCCAAAACUCAAUAGGGCAACAGAAGGAAUUCUGUUUUUUAACCUUGAACUCUCUCAGAUGGCUGCCCCAGCUUUUGAACCUGGCAGGCAGUCAGACCUCCUGGUGAAGCUGAACCGCCUCCUGGAGAGGUGUCUCAGGAACUCGAAGUGCAUAGACACUGAGUCUCUCUGUGUUGUUGCUGGUGAAAAGGUUUGGCAAAUACGUGUGGACCUACAUUUAUUAAAUCACGAUGGAAAUAUUAUCGAUGCUGCCAGCAUUGCUGCGAUCGUAGCCUUGUGCCACUUCCGAAGACCCGACGUGUCUGUCCAAGGAGAUGAGGUGACGCUGUACGCGCCGGAGGAGCGGGACCCAGUCCCGCUGAGCGUGCACCACCUGCCCAUCUGCGUGAGCUUCGCCUUCUUCCGCCAGGGCACGUUCCUGCUGGUGGACCCCAGCGAGCGGGAGGAGCGCGUCAUGGACGGCCUGCUGGUCAUCGCCAUGAACAAGCACCGGGAGAUCUGCACGCUGCAGUCCAGCGGGGGGAUCAUGCUGCUGGCCGAGCAGGUUUUGAGGUGCAGUAAAAUCGCUGGUGUGAAAGUAGCGGAAAUCACGGAGCUGAUACAGAAGGCGCUGGAGAAUGACCAGAAAGUGAGGAAAGAAGGCGGCAAGUUCGGCUUUGCGGAGUCCAUAGCAAACCAGAGGAUCACGGCGUUCAGAAUGGAGAAGGCCCCCGUGGACACCUCCGACGUGGAGGAGAGGGUGGAGGAGAUCAUCGCUGAGGCCGAGCCUCCCCCCGAAGUUGUUUCUGACCCUGUGCUCUGGACUCCCGGCACCGCGCAGAUCGGAGAAGGAGUAGAAAACUCCUGGGGCGAUCUGGAAGACUCGGAGAAGGAGGAGGAGGAGGAAGGUGGCAGUGACGAAGCCAUUGUCCUCGACAGUGUGACAGUGGACCCGGGCAUGGACGGCCCCAGCGCUGGGAGCCGGGACGCCCCCAUCGUGCUGUCCGACAGCGAAGAGGAGGACAUGGUCAUUCUGGAGCCAGGCAAGGACCCGCAGACGAUAAGAACACAGACCGUCGGUGCAAAACAGGAACCGGCGCCAAGCAGAAAGCCAGCGAGGAGGAGGAAGAAGAAGAGGCCCGCUCAGUGACACGCACGUGGUUGUGUCAAUAGAGGAGAAGGAAGAAACACCCAUUGGUUGCCUCUCCCACGCGGUUCAGGUGGGGACCAAAUCUGCACUGGGGACCGAACUGAGCACUUCUUGCUUUGCGGGAUGACACCCACCCGAGCCCCACCAGUCAGGGCUCCUCUUUUAAUAGCUUUGAAGACGACUCUCCCGGCUACGGUUUCCCAAGACUUAAGCUUCUGUUACCCUUUGCCAGGGGCAGGCCUUCUUCCAGACUGCAGCAUGGAUCUGCCCCAGACACGAAGCCCUCGACCAAAGCUGCAUAAUGAAGUCAGGGCUUGCCUGCCCCUAGUGGUGCCCGAAGAGUCUCGC